CGUCCCUUGCCUCAUCGCUCGGCCGGCCUGCCGCUGGCGCUCUGCUACCCCACCUUUAUUUUUUUUGCGGACGCGCGCACACCUGCCCGUGUGCCUAUCCCCGUCCUUUCGGCUCCACACCCCCAACAGGCCGACUCCUGGAGGCCCACUCUUUCCCCUGAGGGCUGGCUGGGGCGGAUCCCUUGCCCGGGCGCUGGGCGUGAGUGUUCGUCCCUGCCCGCCAGAUCGCCUGUAGGCCCUUCGGCAGGCGUCAUGGUGCAGAACUUGCGUGAUCCCCCGGCCAACCGAGGCCGGGGUUUGGCUCCGAACAAUUCGCCCGGCCGUGCGGAUCAUGGGCCUUUGCUCGGGGUGGCCCCGCCGGGCUCGCCAUCCCUGAGCCUGGAAACGCCCGCCUUUCUCCCGGCCGAGGGCCAGCCGCCUGGCCCCGGCCGUGGGUCGCCCCGGCCGACCGGCGGGACGCCCACCCAGCCGGCCUCCGCCUCGGCAUCCUGGAGUCGGCUUGACCAGCUCUCCGGGCCGGCGGCCGGCAUGGCACCAGGCCCCGGACGAAAGAUGCCCCUCGGUGCGGCCUCGACCGAGCAUGAGGGCCACCUCGCCUUCAUCGGCCCGAGCGCCGGCCCCACUUCAAGCCAAGUCCCGCCGCAGUCGCCCAUCCUGCAACGCCUUCAGGCCGGCAGCCCCGGGUUUUCGGGGCUCCCCUUGGGCCUGGCAUCGGGCCAUGCCGGGGACAAGCCCCGCACCGGGGGGGCAUCCUACUCGCCGGGCACACACCACCCAAUGGGCUCCCCCGGCGGAGGGAGCCCCUUCGCCAUGAGAACCCUCCCAAGCCCGCUGACCGGGCCCGGAUCGCCGUACCACCGGGGCGCCGGCACUGUGCCGGCCAGCCCGCAGGACUCCAGCUUCCCGGGGCUGCUGCAGCCCAGUCCGGCCGGAGUCGGCCGACCGGACGCCGUGUCCACCAUCGGCCUGGCCACCGGGCCCGCCAGCCUCCUGGCCCCGGCGCACCACUCGCCAUUGCGCACAAGCUUCGACAUUUCCGACCCCCUGGGUGGCUUGGGCGCCGGCCGGACCGGCGCGCCGGGCGGCGGGGCAGACUUCCCCUCACCGCGCACAUCCAUCGACAUCGGCGCCCACCGGCCAAGCAUCGACCUGUCCUCGGUGCCAUUGCUCCAUGGGCCCGCGGCCGGCCUCGGCGGCGGCGGCGGCGGCGGCGGUGGUGGCGACCACUCGGCCGAAUCCCCGGGCGGGUUAGGCCCAUCGAAUGGGCGCCCGCGCGCAGGCUCCCUCGCCGGGGCGCCAACCUCGUCGGCCAAUGGGGUGCUGUCCGGCUGGCUGGGGAAUGCCCUGCAGACGACAUCGCGCACGGUCUUUCGUCGGACCCUACGGCCGGAACAGAAGGAGGUCCUCCUCUCGUACCUUUGGAAUGGCUUCUACCUGGUGUCGUGGUUUUCCCUGUCUACCAUGCUGUCCAUGUACAACAAGGUUCUCCUGGGCAAGAGCCAUCUCAACUUCCCCUACCCGCUGUUCAUGACGUCGGUGCACUUCUUCAUGCACUACGCCGUGUCCGGGGUCAUCCUGCGGCUGGCCGCCUGGUGGCAUGCGCGAGGAGGCCAGGUCAAUGAGGCGCUGGUCAACCGGAAGCGCAUUUCCUGGGCCGACUACCGGAACAAGGUGGCCCCGACCGGCAUCGCCAGUGCCCUGGACAUCGGCCUCUCCAACGCGGCCCUGGCCUUGGUAACUUUGUCCUUCUACACCAUGAUCAAGUCCAGCGCGCCGGUCUUCCUCCUGGGAUUCGCCAUUGCCUUCCGCCUGGAGCCGCUGAGCCUCAAGCUGCUUGGGCUCAUCUCUUGGAUGACCAUCGGCAUCAUCCUGACCGCAUACGGCGAAACCAACUUCAAUGCCACCGGCUUCGUGCUGGUCCUGUCGGCAGCCAUCCUGUCCGGCUUGCGGUGGACCCUGACGCAGGUGCUCCUGCAAAAGGAGUCCCUCGGCCUGACACACCCGCUGCUGACCUUGAACACCACGUCGCCGAUCAUGGGCGCGGCUCUCCUGCUGAUUGCCUUCCCCCUGGAGCGGCUGUACCUGCUGCCCUGGUCGCCGUACUUCUCCAGCCUCUGGAAGACCACCGCCACGGCCGGUCUCAUGGGAUUCGGCGCCGUGUUGGCCUUCCUGAUGCUCAUCUCGGAGUUUGCCUUCGUCCAGGCGUCCGGCGCCGUGUCUCUCACGGUGGCCGGCCUGGUGAAGGAACUCCUCACCGUCAGUGUCGGGUGUGUGGUGUUCGGCGACCAAAUCGGCAUGAUCAAUGCCGCGGGCAUGGUCAUCGUCAUGAUCGGCGUGUGCCUCUAUCAGAUGCUCAAAUGGCGCAAGGCCAUGGCCGCGGCGCGCGAUCGCGAAGAUCUGGCCCAGGCCGCGGCCGAUGGCUCGGAGCUGCUCGUGCUUCCGGCGGCCGGCCCGGGACCGGCGGCCUCGGCCGGCCAGCUGACAGGCCUGGCGGCGGAAAUCCUCCGGAAGGAGGAGAUCGAACUCCUGCCGCUGUACCACCAACAGCCACGUCGUGCCAUGCCGUCGGCUGCCAUUGUCCCUGCCGCGCCUGCCGCCAUCACUACCACCAUUGCCACUGCUUCUAAUGCCGUGGCUCCGGGCGUCUCCUGAGCGGCAAAACACUCCCGGCCACAGCAGGAAGAAAAAAGGCGAGGGCGUGUGCCAGGCGAUUUGGAGAAGUGGCCAGGGGGAAGAAGGACCGAACGAGGCGCCGGAGGCAGUGGG